GCGGCGCUCCCGCCCCUUCCGCUCCGGCCGCCAUUGUUGCUGCCGCCAUCAUGCGCGUGGAGCGGUGCUAUUUCUGCUCCGGGCCGGUCUAUCCGGGCCACGGGAUGCUCUUCGUCCGCAACGACUGCAAGACGUUUCGGUUCUGUAAAUCAAAAUGCCACAAAAACUUCAAAAAGAAGCGAAAUCCCAGAAAGGUCAGGUGGACCAAGGCCUUCCGGAAGGCAGCUGGAAAAGAAUUGACGGUGGAUAACUCAUUUGAAUUUGAGAAAAGGAGAAAUGAACCAGUGAAAUACCAGCGUGAACUAUGGAAUAAGACAGUGGAUGUCAUGAAGAGGGUAGAAGAGAUCAAGCAAAAGCGUCAAGCCAAAUUCAUCAUGACCAGGUUAAAGAAAGGCAAAGAGCUGCAGAAAGCACAGGAUGUCCAGGAAGUCAAGCAGAACAUCCACCUCAUCCGGGCUCCGCACGCAGGCGGAGCCAAACAGCUGGAAGAGAAGAUGGUUCAGCAGUUGCAGGACACGAUGCACAUGGAGGAUUCUUCCUAGGAGGCCUCCUACUCUGGUCUGGACUGUUGAAGCACUGGUGUGGUUGUGUCGAGUUGCAUCCCUGGCCUGGCCUGGCCUGUGUUUCUUGCCCCAGCAGGGGCAGCUGUUCUCUGGGCCAUCCGCUGGAAUGGCCUCUCAGCACAAAGGUGAGGCCAUUGAGGAGAGUGGCCAGUCCCAGCAAGGUGCAUUCUUGGGUGUGUGUAAAUCCAGAGAGAGGAAGGAUGGGCCAAAUAAAGCACGAUCCUGGAAGCA